AAAAAGGUAUCCAUUGUGGAAUAAAUUCGCCCGGGUUGUAAAAAAGUGUAUUUGCAAACUGCGUUUUUGUGUUUGGUGCCGGCUAUGGGCGGGUAGCGUUCAUCCAUGGCAUCGUGCUCGCAUUUUUCGUCAGCAACAACGGCUUGGCUCUUAACCGCUACCAUAGACUUUCAUUCACAUUAAAGUUCGAAAAAAUAGCCUAGUCCGCCUGGCUAUUUCGAAUUGACGGCGUAUUUUGUGUCUGUUGUGUCUGGCAUUUGGUGUGGCAUUGGGGUGUGAAGAAGACAGAAAAUUCUCAUUAUAACAGCACAGCGGAGAACCGACAGAACAAGCAUUUAGUCGAACAUGUCUUCGGCCGCAAAUUCGCCUGCGACCAAUUCGAAUUCAGAUGACGAACAAAGCCGUUCGAAAUGGAAUAUGCAACUCAAUGCGGAUACGCCUUCACCAAAUUCAACCACACCUUUAUCAACGCCCACUUCAUUACAUUCCAGCGCGGGUGGUGUCAGUGGAGCAUCAAAACGCAAAAGUGCAUUUCUCCCGUAUCGUCCACAUGCCACUGUGCUGACAAAUUUACAGCGCGGUAAUACCGAAGCAACCUUUUGUCCAGUGGAAGUAACAUUACCCUUCCACGAACGUGCCGGUCAAGGUGAGAUCACCGAUGAUCAAGUGCGUGCCGAGUUCGAGCGGAAUGCACACAAUAUCGAUUUUAAAGAUGCGACUGGGUUUACUGCCCUCCACUGGGCGUCCUACUACGGUCAGUUGGCUGCAGUACGUUUACUUAUUGAUUCUGGUGCUGAUGUGAAUGCAGAAGCACCUGAAAUGGUGACUCCACUUCUGCUAGCAGCCUGUGGUGGUCACAAUGAGGUGGUGCGUUUGUUGCUGGAACAUGGUGCACGCUCAACACAUAUGGAUAUUGUAGGUAACACGGCCUUAAUGUAUGCCUCAGCUGGAAAUCAUCCACAUACCUGCAACGAAUUAUUAGCCAAAGAUCCAGAUAUGACGGCCACUAAUGAGAACGGCGAUACGGCAUAUUCCUUGGCUGUAGAGAAUGGAGCAGUUUUGGCGCAAGCGGUGCUGGAGCAAUACUUGAGUGCGUUGUUGUUGCUAUAAAUCACAAUUCAGUGGAGGCAAUUAAUUCUGAAAAUUAUUCGGUUUGAAAUGUUUUCUCAUCAAAGAGAUUAGAGAGAAAGAGAGGUGUUGCCGACUGUUUGUCUUCCGUUUUCGGUUUUGUACGGCUACUUUAAGUUUUUUACGGCGCUCACUGUUUGUUUGGUUCGAACAUUCAUUUAGGGUGGACGUGUUUGUUGCUGCUGCUCUUGGCCACCAUUCGCUUCAUUAGUGGAGAGGAAACUCAACUUCACUGCUAGUUGGUAAAAUAUUGGCUGAUUGCCACAGUCACCGCCACCGUCACAGCGACAGCAAAUAAGCGUAAGCGCAGCGAAAAAUUUUGGAAGGUGUAUAUCACAAUACAGAUACUUAAACUGAAUUUGUACAUAAACAAUAAGAUUAAGAUAUGUGAAGAAUAUCGGUAAAAUAAAUAUUAAUA